CUCCGGGGUAGUAAAUAGAGUUGGAGAUGGUGUUAGAUGGUUUAAAUUUGUGUUUGGUAUUUGAUCUGUCUCACCAAGUAAAAUGCUUCUAUUGUGAUAAACCGGGCCAUAAGAUAUCUCAGUGCAGAAAGAUGAAGCGAGAUAAAGCCCUGCAGAAAGAGGAAAAGGGUCAGACUUCUGAGAAGAAAGAGGAAAAAGACACAGCAGCCCUUGCAGAUGCGGAUGAUUUAUUUUUCGUGUGUGAUGACACUAACUUUGAUGUUGUUUUUCAGGAUUGUACUUGGAUCAUUGAUUCAGGUGCCUCUUGUCAUCUCACACCUCAUCGGGAGUUCUUCUCAUCUUACACUAGCGGUGACUUUGGCUAUGUCAAGAUGGGGAAGGGUGCUGACAAAUCAUCUAAGAUUGUUGGGAUGGGCACUGUUUGUUUGAAGACCAACACUGGUUGCAGGUUGACCCUCAGAGAUGUCAGACAUGUUCCAGAGUUUCGGUACAACCUCAUUUCAGCUGGAGGACUUGACGAAGAUGGCUAUGUUAGCCGCCUUGGUGAAGGAAAGUGGAAGCUCACCAAAGGUUCUUUGAUCGUGGCCCGAGAUUAUGGGGGAGAAGAUGGAGAAAAAUGUUGUGGUGAUGAUGUUGCUCGUGAUGGUGAUGUACUUGAGCCACCUCAUUCCGAGCAUGGAGUUCCGCCACAGAGGGAUCCUCAAAUGGGUAAAUUUGAGAGAGAUUGCUAUCGGGAUGAAGUGAAGAAGGUGCACCAAAGUGAAUGGUUUCAAGCCAAGCGAGAUGGGGUUAUAUCCUUGCUUGAAGGACGUGGUCAUUCCCUGGCUGGUCACGAGCAGCCGAACAGAGCAGAAACAGAGAGGAGAAAUAGAGAGAGCCGAGAGAAGGAAGAAGAGAGAAAAAGAGAGGUGCAGCCUGGUUUUGUGCUCCGAUCGACGACCAAACGAGCUCCGAUCGGGAUGAAAUUUUAGUAUGUUGUUCCUGAGAUCCUCUUCUUCAUAUCCAACGGUGGGAUUGUUGUUUUGACCUCUCGAUGUCGGUAAAAUCGCCUCUGUUUACUGCUGCGUUUUUUAUUGGGGAUUUCUCACUCUUUAGUGAAGAUUAUUGUUGUUUGGUGUUCCAAGUUAUUACUUGAUGAUUAUGUGUACCUCUAAUUGAUUUAGAGAGGAUUCUUGGUGUACCCACUGAUUUUCUUGGUGAUUAGUGGAAGGCUUCGUGGUUUUCUCCCCGAUUUGGGGUUUCCACGUUAAAUCUUGGUGUUCGUUUAUCGCUUGAUUGAUUGCUUGUUGACGUGUUUCCUAUUCAUGAUCGGUCAUAUGAUUUUGCCCAUUUUGACAACACAAAGACGGGAAAAUUAUUAAUUGCUUCCGCUAGAAAAUUGAGGUGAUUUUCCCAACAGGAAGUCUAAGUGGGCGUCACCGGCGGUGGAAGGGAAGAAGUGAGAACGACCCGGCGCCGGCAAACUGGCGGAGAAAGCAGUCAAAGCAAAAGCAUAAUCUUCCAUCUGGCGUAUAAGCUUUGCUCUUGCUUUUGAUGAAUCCCACUUUGCGUUUUCAGCUCGGAGAGCUGCAAGGUAGUGAAUCCCAGUCGACAUGUAGCUUGGACAAACCUGCAAUGCCUCCAUCAAAAUCGUUUAAACGGAUUUGGAUCUCAUCUUCAACUAUGACAGUUUGCCUCCUCAACAUUAGACGGUGUGUUAAAAAAACGUGACAUACCUGUUGAAACACGAUUCUCAAAAGAGGCUUAUUAGCAGCGUGCUCGCGGCCGAUGUCGUGACACCACCUGAUUAAGUCAGAAAAUGGGGAUGUAAAAUGUGAGCGAAACACGAUUAUCGGGUAGAAAUUGAAUAUUGUCAUGAGGUAUAUAUAUGGAGCCCGGAUCAUUGAACACCAAGGGACAGUGGCAUAAUAUGACACUAGUUCAUUAGGGCAUAUAUGAUGCUUCGUUCGAUCCUGACGUUAUUACUACCUUCUUAACUCCCCGCCAUAACCCUUUCUCUCUAGCCCUUACUUCUUUCAAUUUGGGUGACAAUCUACUGUCGAAUACUCCAUUCGUCUCAUUUUAAGUUUGUUGUCGUUUCUGAUGUUUGAUUAAGUUACUUUCAAAUUAGUUUUAAAAAAUUGGAGUGGAGUUAUGAAAUACUCCUAAUAUUUAUAGAUACUCCAAAAUAAAAAUAAAAGAUGGCAUGCCUAUAUUGUUCUAUUAAAUGAAUAGAAAAAAUGGUU